CAUGCGCAUAUGGAAGCGGAAGGCCAACCACGCGUGCCAGGCGGAGGGGGACUGAGCACUGCAGCCUGUGGAAUCAUUCGCUUGAUUCAUUGGCAAAGCAGCGGGUAUGCUGCCCACCGAGCGCUCGUUUCCACAGCGAUAAGUGCCUGAAAAUAUCCUCUAAAAGAGAAAUACAUCAGCGCUGCUUUUAGAUGAGUACUUCUGGCUGCGACUUCCUAGUCUGUUAUUCCUGAGAAUGGAUUUUCGAUUUAAUUUUUUUCCUGAUGAAGAUGAAAGCAAAGAGCCCAAUGCUCACAAUGAGACAGAGCCCUGUUCUCCAACACACGAACACCCAAAGACGAGGCUGCCAGAGAAAAAAGUCUGCAUCAAAGCUGCUAAGGAGCACUAUAUACCUGCAGAUGUCACUAAGGUGCUGGAAAAUAAAGUCCUGGAAACAGUAUCAGGGCUGUGCUAUGUAAAUAUGUCUGUCGUGGAACUGACAUGCCAAGAUGGCACCCAUGAAGAAGAUAUUGUGUCGAAAAGUGUUUCUUCUCACUCUGAUCUCAUCCCAGGAGUCUAUGAGGGAGGACUGAAAAUCUGGGAGUGCACCUACGAUAUGAUGGAUUUCCUUUCUGAAGCCAAAAUCCAGUUUGCCAACAAGACAGUGCUGGAUCUUGGGUGCGGGGCUGGACUGCUGGGAAUAGUCGCCUUAAGGGGAAAUGCUGAGAAAGUCCACUUUCAGGACUACAACAGCACAGUGAUUGAGGAAAUAACCAUGCCUAAUGUGGUGGCUAACUGUAUAAAUGAUGGCAGUAAGGCUGACAGCGAAGAUGACAGAAAGAAUAUUAAGCCUCCUUCAAAGAAGCGCAAGAAAUCAGAGUGCCUGCCUGACAAGCUCACCAAGUGCAGGUUUUUCUCUGGAGGGUGGUCUGAAAUCAGCCAGCUCCUGUUAAGCAGCAGCAAGCCCUGUUCAAAAUACGAUCUAAUUCUCACAUCUGAGACCAUCUAUAACCCCGACUAUUACGGUGCUUUGCACGAUACGCUGGCUCAGCUGUUGGCUAAAAAUGGCCGUGUGUAUUUGGCAAGCAAAGUGCAUUAUUUUGGGGUUGGUGGGGGUACCUACCUCUUUGAAAAAUUCCUCGAGGAGAGGAAGGUGUUUAAGAGCAGCACAGUGAAAGAAGUUGAGGAAGGGCUAAAGCGCUUUAUUUUAGAAAUAGCCUUUAAAGACUCCACUUAACAUGAAUUCCAGCAGUGCUCCAAAAUUAUCUUGAUAAAGACAAAAUAUUUUUAUCCUCAUAUGUAUUUUUAAAUUUUACUGGGUUAUUCAAAAUGGAUGAGUUAAUGCUGUUCUUUUCUAGCUAUUGAAAAUAUUUUGACAAAUUCUGAUGCUUGACUGGAAGUGAAGGACUCUUCUGAUUCUGGUAGAGAAGUAUAGUCCUGCAUAAAGUAUCAUCUCUUCAGCCCGUUUUGUUACUUGUAUGUGUUUAAAAAUAAAGCAAGUCACUGUUCCCA